UUAAUCAAAAAUUAAUUAGGAUAACGGAGGAAGUAAUUAUUUUAUUUCAAUAUGUGUUAAAAGUUUAAAAUUCAAUUCUUAUUAUAAAAUCGUGCAUUGUACGGGAUUAACCUAGUUAUAUUAUUAUGUAUACGACACGUAACAAAAUCACAAUUUUUCAAGGGGCUUGCCCCUCGUUUGCACUUAAAAAAAAAAAAUACAAAAUCACAUUUUUCAGACACAAUCAAUAUUAAUAAUAAUGGUGAGAGCUCUUGCAUGGCUUCCUUCCAUUCGAACCGUAUAAAGCUUACACCAGGAUCCCAUUUUCUUUCAUAUCAUUUUCUUUUGAUUUCUCUUCUGUCACCCCAGAUUCUCUCUUCUUUUUUAAGACACCCCACGAAUUUAUAUUUGCUUCCCAAUUCUUAAAUGAUCUUGAAUUUUUCUGGGUUUGAUCAAUUUUUCUAGCAAUUUGAUUCAUCAAACUAAUUUUAAGCAAUUUCUGACGAUUUGACUCCAAAGAUUGAGCAUAUGCCUGGAAACAAGUAUAAUGGUGAUUCGAAGGCACCAACGAGUAGAAUAUCCAGGCUACUGGAACUGAGGCAAUUAAAAAGAGCAAACAUGGCUAACAAUGAAAUUUCGGAUGAUAACAAUAGCCCCGAACCUGGUGGCGGGCAUGAUUUUUCAUAUGUAGAAAAAGACUCGGCAGAUGCUGUGGCUGGAAGUCCUUCCCAAAGACUGAUAGUGGUUGCUAACCGUUUGCCGGUGUCUGCUGUUAGAAAAGGUGAAGACUCUUGGUCAUUGGAAGUUAAUGUUGGAGGGCUGGUUAGUGCUCUUUUAGGUGUAAAGGAAUUUGAGGCAAGGUGGAUUGGAUGGGCUGGUGUUAAUGUUCCUGAUGAAGUCGGACAAAAAUCUCUCACGAAGGCUCUUGCAGAGAAGAGGUGUAUACCUGUUUUUCUAGAUGAAGAGUUAGUGCAUCAAUAUUAUAAUGGUUACUGCAACAACAUAUUGUGGCCUCUUUUUCAUUAUCUUGGUCUACCUCAAGAGGAUAGGCUUGCUACCACUAGAAGUUCUCAAUCUCAGUUGGCUGCUUACAAGAAGGCAAACCAGAUGUUUGCUGAUGUAGUAAAUCAGCACUAUAAAGAAGGUGAUAUUGUUUGGUGUCAUGACUAUCAUCUCAUGUUCCUCCCAGAGUGCUUAAAAAGGCAUAACAGCAAGAUGAAGGUUGGAUGGUUUCUCCACACUCCAUUUCCUUCCUCUGAAAUCCACAGAACCUUGCCAUCUCGUUCAGAACUGCUCCGUGCAGUUCUUGCUGCUGAUUUGGUUGGUUUUCAUACCUAUGAUUAUGCGAGGCACUUUGUCAGUUCUUGCACUCAUAUUCUUGGACUUGAAGGCAGACCUGAAGGUGUAGAGGAUGAUCUAGGCAGAUUGACCCGUGUGGUAGCUUUUCCUAUCGGGAUUGAUUCUGAUCGUUUCAUUCGAGCACUUAAAGUUCCUCAAGUUCAAGGGAAUAUUAAGGAAUUAGUGGAAAGAUUUGGUGGUCAGAAGGUAAUUCUAGGUGUUGAUCGGCUUGACAUGAUUAAAGGAAUUCCACAAAAGAUACUCGCCUUUGAAAAAUUUCUGGAAGAAAAUCCUUACUGGCGGGAUAGAGUUGUUUUGCUCCAAAUUGCUGUUCCAACUAGAACGGAUGUUAUACAAUAUCAAAAACUUACAAGUCAAGUUCAUGAAAUAGUCGGACGCAUAAAUGGGAGAUUUGGAACUUAUACGCGUGUUCCUAUAUAUCAUUUGGAUCGUUCUCUGGACUUCCAUGCUCUUUGUGCUCUAUAUGCAGUGACUGAUGUGGCACUGGUCACUUCAUUGAGAGAUGGCAUGAAUCUGGUCAGCUAUGAGUUCGUGGCUUGCCAAGAUGAAAAAAAGGGAGUGCUCAUUCUUAGUGAGUUUGCUGGUGCUGCACAAUCUUUAGGAGCUGGCGCUCUUUUGGUAAACCCAUGGAAUAUCACAGAGGUAGCUGAUGCAAUUGGUAAAGCCUUAAAUAUGUCAGAUGAAGAGAGAACAAAUAGGCACCAAAUUAACUUUUCAUAUGUUACAGAGCAUACUGCUCAGGAGUGGGCUGAAUUUAUUGUAAGCGAGCUGAAUGUAACAGUUGAGGCUCAACUGAGAAUAAAUCAAAUCCGCCCUGUACUUCCAGUUCACUCAGCAGUGAACAAUUUCCUGAAUUGUAGCAACCGACUGCUCAUAUUGGGAUUCAAUGCUGCUUUGACUGAACCAAUUAAUAGUUCUGGUAGAAGGGGUGGAGACCAAGUGAAAGACAUGAACUCUAAAUUGAAUCCAGAGCUGAAAGGACCUCUGAGUGUUCUCUGCAAUGACUCAAAUUCAACAAUUGUUAUUCUUAGUGGAAGUCGCAGAAUUGAUUUAUUUAAUAACUUUGGGGAGUAUGACAUGUGGUUGGCAGCAGAACAUGGAAUGUUCUUACGGCAUACAAGAGGAGAUUGGAAGACGACAAUGCCUGAACUUUUGAAUUUGGAUUGGGUUCCCAGUGUAUAUCAUAUAUUUGAGUAUUUCAAGGAAAGAACUCCUCGUUCAACUAUUGAGCUUCGUGACAUUUCCGUUGUAUGGAAUUAUAAGUAUGCUGAUAUCGAGUUUGGAAAAUUGCAAGCAAGAGAUAUGUUGCAGCAUCUUUGGACUGGCCCUAUUUCAAAUACACCUGUAGAAGUUGUGCCAGGUAGUACGUCUGUUGAGGUUCGACCAGUAGGUAUUACAAAGGGCUCUGCUAUUGAUCUCAUACUAGGGGAGAUAGUGCACAGCAAACCAUUAAAAUCACCAAUUGAUUAUGUCAUAUGCAUUGGUCAUUUUUUGGAGAAGGAUGAAGAUGUAUACACAUUUUUUGAGCCAGAGCUUCCCAAUGACAAUGACAGCCACCAAUUUCCUGAAUGGCCAUCACCAAUUUCUCCUGGUGGAUCAAAAGCAUCACAUGGAAAGACCCAACAUUCAACCUCAAACUCAGAGGAGAUGACAAAUAAUGGCAAUGGUGGGUUCUCACAGAAGCAAUCAUCAGAGAAGACCAUCUGGAACAUACUGGACCUUAAGAAAGAUAACUAUUUCUCCUGUGCUGUUGGGAGAACUCGUACGUGCGCUCGUUACACUGUAGGAUCUUCAGAUGAAGUCGUCUCAUUUUUAACAAAAUUAGCUGAAGCAUAUAUGUCUGUGUCAUCAAGUUUAUAAUCCUGAACUUAUACCCUAGUCUCAAUUCUUUUAUAGCAUCGUUAAUUCUUGCUACCUAUAGGCAUCGUGAAUAACCAGAAUAGUUGUACAGCGUAGUACAAAGCAUGUCUGAUAUGAGCAAUUCAGACUGUGCUAGUUGCUAACUGAUUUUAUUACUCAGGAUUUUCGAAUAAUCAUCUUACAGAUUCAAAUGGCAGAAGAAAAGUGUUAGUCUGCGAUUGCUGUAAAGCUUCAAUUAGCCGGAUUGUUACGGCUUUGUACUAAUCUAAAUGAGUAGUACUGUAUAUAUUUGUAAUGCUCUCUCAUAAACGAGCAAUCAGAUGAACUGGCAUAGUUGAUAGAGAUCUUCAAGCCUGAAACAGUUUGUGAUUGCAUUCUUUGAUAUACAAUAUGUUGUAGUGUAAUUAUACUAACAUGUAGUAGCAAUAUUAAUCAAUCAAAGGAAUUUACAAGAUUA